UGUGUGUGUGUGUGUGUGUGUGUGUGUGUGUGUGUGCAGGUAAUGGCUCCUUCCUGGAGGAAACCGAGGAAGGAGGAACAGUCGCUCAGUCUUUACAGGCGGGACACUGCUAAUGGAGUCAAACCUGAAUAGUACACACGCCCACAGCCCAGAGACAGCCAAGAUGAUCAGCAAAAACAGUCAGCACAGUGUGUCAUACACACUUUCAGACGCUGAGACGGUGGUGGUGGAAUACAUAGAUGACCCUGAGACUGACAUGUUUCAGGUUGGUAGAUGCACUGAGAGCCCUAUAGACAUCGUGGUGGCAAACCCAGCAACCUGUAACCAUAGUAAUGGACACUCAGGUUCCCUAGAGAGUACCAUCUCUCGCUUUGCGUGCAGGAUCGUGUGUGAUCGCGCUCCGCCCUACACCGCCCGAGUGUAUGCUGCCGGCUUCGACUGCUCCAGGAACAUCUUUUUAGGAGAGAAGGCGGCUAAGUGGCGUUCGUUCGGUGGUCAGAUGGACGGUUUGACAACUAACGGUGUUCUUGUGAUGCGACUGAAGACUGAAUUUAGCAGCUCUCCUAAACCUGGUGUGUGGAGGGAGAUCUCCGUCUGCGGCAAUGUUCACGCCCUACGGGUCAGCCGAGCUGCUCAGAGCAAGGGCCAGCAGUUGAUGGACGAGUCUCAGGUGCUGACGGACGGCUCUCUGAUCGAUCUGUGCGGAGUGACCCUGCUUUGGCGUUCGGCGUCCUCGCUUUCGUGCUCUCCGGGACCCGACCACUUGGAGGAGCUGAGGGUUCAGCUAAACGCAGCUCGUCCACACUGUCCUGUUCUGCUGCACACCCUGGCCUUUCCCAGCCUGGACGAGCCUGAGUCCCAUCAGCCACGCCAACCCUGGGCCUACCUGUGUUGUGGCCACGUGCACGGUUUCCACCCUUGGCGAGGCAGGGGGACUGCAAUACAGCAAGAGGAAGAGAAAGAGGACAACAAGGAGGAUUUAUUGAAGGGUGCAAAGGAGGGUGAGAAGGAAAGGGAGUGCCCUUUGUGUCGUGCUCGAGGCCUGUACGUGGCGCUGACAAUGGGUCGCGAGUCUCGCCUGUAUGUAGACGCGGGACCGCCGUCUCAUGCCUUUGUACCCUGCGGUCACGUUUGCUCAGAGGCCACAGUGGUGUACUGGAGUAAAACCCCACUGCCCUGCGGCGCCAACUCUUUUUACCCAGCUUGCCCAUUCUGCCUGAAGCAGCUAGCAAGUGACAAACCCUACGUCAGGCUCAUCUUCCAAGGAGCUCCUGAUUGAGCUUGAACAGCUUUCCUCACUGCCAGACUGAAUGCUGCUUAAAUCCCAGUGGUGUUUUCUAUUACUACUUUAUCCACCUUUUCUUACUGACCUUUCCCAUGUUCCCCCACACUCAUCGUGCUACCAGUUUGUCUUCUCAGUAUCUCAAAAAUGGUCAUGUUUCCUCACCGAGCAAACCUGCAUCUGCUUAUGUAUUACUCAAUCCAUUACAGAAAACAGCACCUUCUGUUCUAACAGACAAAAUGAACAUGACCUUGCUGUAUCUGGCAGACUUCAAUGUUCACAUGGAUGUACAAAAAGCUUUAUUUAUGGAUAAAUAUUCAAUAGAAUUUUAACUGGGAUCACCAUAACAACUGACCAAUCCCAAACCAUGAAAAAUCUGGCCAAGCUCCUGACAUUCCGAAACCCUGAACAGACCUGGCCAAAUUCCUGACAAUCUCAAACCCUGAGAAUCCUAGCCAAGCACCUGACCAAUACCAAACCCUGAACAGACCUGACCAUACUUCUGACAAUCCCAAAUCCUGAACAGACCUGACCAAACUCCUGACAAUCUCAAACCCUGUACAGACCUGACCAAACUCCUGACAAUCUCAAACCUUGAACAGACCUUAAAAAAGCUCCAGAACAAUCCCAAACCAUGAACAGACUUGACCAAGCUCCUGACCAAUCCCAAACCAUGAAUAGAUCUGGCCCAGCUCCCGGCAGAUCAAGGCCAGAGUGACUUGUGCUGGUACCAUCCAUAUAAAAGAACACUAAAGGGAAUGUAGAAAUGUGGAAAACGUUGCUGUGAAAUAUUUAAUACCUUACCUGCUGUAAGAAGUUAAAGUGAUAACCCCGGUGUAGGUGUGAGGCAUUACUGGAUGUGGAGAUGAAGAACGACCUGAGGUUGACAAGUUCAAACUAUCAUGUUAAUAUCUGCAGUGCAAAACUGACCAAAUGGAUUGAAAUCACCAAAGAGACAGUCUGUGUGAUGUCGGGUUUUUUUUUUGUUUUCUACUUUUCCUUGCUCCAGUUUGUCAAAUUCGCACCUUCCAGCCAAUCAGAAUCCAGUAUUCAGGCAGUCCAUGCUAUAAAACGAUUAUAGCUAACAGAAAUCUAGCUAGCUGAUUAUGGUCUGAUAAUGUAUGAUAACUCUUCAAUCUAACACUAACCUUCUAUGUUUAAUAUUAUAUUUUAACGGUACUAUUAGCGAUCUGUCUAAUGAUUUAUAAGGGCUAAUUUACUCCAGUGAUAGCCUGGUAUUUAAAGGUUAGCUAGCUAAACACGCGGUCUGAUUCCUGCUGCUGUCUAGCUUUUAAUGCUAGUUUUUAAUGUUACUCGUAACGAUUGUGUCACUCAAUCAGGGACCUUCUGUGAAUAACUUGAGUGAAUAAAUAUGUCCCAAGCUUGCAAUGGUGGAUAGAAGCUGAUGCUAAUAAUUAAGGGCUUUCGAUUGGUCAGUUGUGAAAUAAUUAACAUUUAAGUCAUAAUUUGUUCACAUAUGUUUCAGUCUGAAGCUGCCAAGUGUUUUCAGCGCUGAGUACUAUUACAGUAAAAACCACAUGAAAAGAUUUGGACUGUUACAGUGAAAUAUGGCCAAUGAAGGACAUGUGUGAAAUGUACAGUUUCUCAGAUCUUCCGUGGCAUUCGAUUAAACCGUACAGAAAUCAUCUGGCAGAACUGAUCGUUAUAUUAUUAUGUUUAACUCCUCACUAUUCUAUGUACAAGGCCAUCUUGUGCCAUUAAUGCUCACUUUUAUUUUUAACUCUGUGAUAUAUUUUUGGUGCUUGGGUCCCUUCAUCGCUGCUUGCAGUAACUUUUUUUUAUGUUUAAAAGUAACCAUGCUAAAACACACUACAGCUACAUUAUUUUACAGUUUGACUCUUGGGCAUUUUUUUCUGAAAAAAAAAAAAGAUGUAAAAAAGUGUUAUUAAAAGUGUUUUAAAUGUGUAAUAAACUGGUUAAUAAUU